CACCUCCCCUCGCCAUCCAACCCACCAAGCUUUCGCGUCUGCCUGCUACGCAUUCGAAAUCUCGUCGCCUGAAUGGGGUGUUUAUCUCAUUAAAGGCCAUCGUCUCCUUCGUAUUGAGUAUCUGAGUUCGCCUCACUCUAGCCUCGUCAACCAUGCUCAUUUGGUCUCGUUAUGUGUGAAGAGGGGUCGCGAUAUUGAACGCCCAUUUCCUUUAGCAGCGACUACCAUUUUCUCAACACUAGAUACUCCCCGAUGGCGUCCCAAGUCAAACUUCCCACCGCGGGUGGAAGCCCUCCGCAAAGCGUGGAGAAAAUCACCCGUAUUGCUCAAGACUAUUCAUACACCUCGACCGUCGCCCUACGGUACUGGCUGCGGACUGCGGCCACUCUGACGCAAGAGGCCCAAAUCUACGAACGCGAGGGACACGAUGAGCAAGCCUACCUCCUCCUCUUCCGACAUGCCCAGCUAGUCCUGGUACACCUGUCCAAACACCCCGACGCCCAGAAGAAUGGAAAAGACCGACAACUGUUGCUUCAAGCUGAAAAGGAAGUCGAGAAAAAUCUCGCCAAGUUGGAGGCCCUGAAGCCGCGGAUAAACAAACGCUACGAACGAUAUACACAACUGAUGCGCGAGCGUCAGUCUCGGAAGCUCUCCUCGGAAUCCAACACACUCCCCGAAUCUCGCGAGCGACCCGCUGAUCCCGCCCUGACUGGAGUCGCACAACCAUUAGAAGCAGGUGAGAACCGCGAUCUUGCGGUUCGACUUGCGCACUCGGAGCUCAACCGUAGAGCUACGGUUCGCAGUCGGCGUGCGGCUGGAGAUUGGGGUGACUGGGAGAAUGCCUACAAGAAGGAACCCCAGGCUUCCGAUCACGAUUUGAGCCAGCGGAUUCAAAAUAUUAGAAUCAACCUGGAUAAUAAGGGUCCCGCCGGGCAGUCACAGCAUCGGUCACAACCGACCACGCGUGAUACAUCCUCCACCGCAAAGUCGACAUAUAAGUAUCCCAGUGUGCCGAGGCAAAAGCCAUUGGAGCCUAUCAUUCCCGCUGCGCAGAUUGCCAUUCGAGAUAAUAAUGCCGAACGCCAUACGCCCCCGGUAUUGCCUCCCAAGCAACUUAUCGAGCCUAGCCAGGCUUUGCUUGUCGAUGGUGCGAUGGGUUCGAAGCUUCCUUUGUCAUCCCAUUCAUCAAAGGUUUCCCAAGGGCCUCGGUUACCAGAGAAAGUUCGGUUACCUGAAGAUAGCCCACCGGCAAACCCAGAGCUGGAUCCCUCCAGCUACACCUUCAAGCCAUCGGCCUACUUGGAAAACGGCACUCCGCUGCGCUCGGUAUUCCUUCCCGCCAGUCUGCGCACCCGGUUCCUUUCGCUGGCAGCUGCCAACACCAAGAACAAUCUUGAAACAUGUGGUAUUCUGUGUGGUGCCCUCGUGUCUAAUGCAUUAUUCAUCUCGCGGCUGGUGAUUCCGGAGCAGAUCGCUACGUCUGAUACCUGCGAGACAACCAAUGAGUCCGCGCUCUUCGACUACUGUGACUCGGAAGAUUUGAUCAUGCUCGGCUGGAUUCACACCCAUCCAACCCAGACAUGUUUCAUGAGCUCGCGCGAUCUUCACACCCAUUCUGGCUACCAGGUCAUGCUCCCUGAGAGUAUUGCCAUCGUCUGCGCGCCCAGUAAGAACCCAGACUGGGGCGUUUUUCGUCUGACCGAUCCUCCGGGUCUGAAGACAGUUUUGAACUGUACUCAGACGGGCCUAUUCCACCCGCAUGCCGAGGAGAAUAUCUACACGGGGGCAUUGCGACCGGGCCAUGUCUUUGAAGUGAAUGGACUGGAGUACGAGACUGUGGAUCUGCGGCCUAAAGGGCAACGGACUUGAUACACUUAUGAAUAGUCUAUAUUGUUCAAUUGCAUAUGAUACCCAAUAUUGAUACUGCUAUUUGCAUGUCAGGAUUCAUCGAUAUUAAUAUUUAUCCCACAUCGAGGUACGUCACUCCUGGGUUUGAUGCGAAUGCGCGUUCUUUGACGCGGUGCGUCUCUUGGUUGCAGACCCAGAACUAGCCCGCGUCUUAUUCGACGUAGUCGGCGAGCGGCGUCUUUCCUGCUUGUUACGCCUUGUUCUCGGGUUUAUCUGCAAAUUUCAUGUCUUAGUCACUUCUUGUGGCCCACCGUCCGGGAUAAACGCAAUGAGACAUACCAUAGAUUCGUCGAAAUCAGCACCAUCGUACUUGUGGCCAUGAGAACGGCCUUUGCGCCCGACUUGGGUGAUUUCUUCGACUGAAUAGUCGCUGUUGAUGCUAGUGUUGACCAUUUUUGCAGUAUGGACUAAAAUCGUAAUCUGAAACAAUUGGCUGUCAAAUAGAAGAUCCACCUACGAGGCAGGAAAGAUGUUGUUCAGACGUUCCCCUUGUUAUAUACUGCAUCU